AUGGAGACGGUCGCGAAUCAUGAGCUGGGUUCCGUCGAGGAGGAACCACGCAAACCCCUCCUCCACCGCCUCGUCGAAGUAACCCGUGCCUAUGCUCCCCUCGGAUUCACCUCCUUCGGUGGUCCAGGCGUACACGUUAUCCUCCUUCGCCGCCUCUUCGUCGACAAACUCCAAUGGGUUGACGAGACGAUCUUUAACGAUCUCUAUGGUUUGGGGAAUGCGUUGCCUGGGCCUGGGUCGACGCAGUUGGCGUUUUCGAUCGCCCUUGUCCGAGCGGGGAUUCUGGGUGGUUUAUUGGCGUUUUUGAUCUGGAGUUUACCUGGAGCUUUAGGGAUGUUGGCUCUGGGUUUCGGCGUGAGGCAGAUUCCGGAGAAGUUGCCGGGGAUCGUGUUGGCGUUGUUUACGGGACUCAAUGCGGCUGCUGUCGGGUUGAUUGCGCUUGCGGCGUAUAAUUUGAGUGCGUCGACGAUUACGGAUUAUGUUACGCGGGUUACGCUGUUUGUUGCUGCUGCUAUUUCGUGUUGUUUUGAGGCGCAGUGGUUGUUUCCGACUAUGAUGGUUGGGGGAGGUUUGACGACCUUCAUCUGGGACAACGAGCGUGUUCAGAAGGUUUUGCGCUCCAUCCGUCGCAAGAACGCACCCGUGGAAGAGGCGACGUCCGUAUCGGCUUCCUCUCAGGCUACACCAACGACAGCGAUCAACACUUACUUCACCCUGUCCAUUUUCGGCGGUUUGGCCUUCCUCGCGUUGUUUGUGGUGUCGCUGACGCUGUUUCUGACGCUUCGAUCACACCUUCCACACCCACCCCACACAUUCGACUUCUUCACCUCGCUCUACCUCGCCGGCACCAUCAUCUUCGGUGGAGGACCUGUCGUGAUUCCGCUCCUACGUUCGUACACCGUUGAUCCCGGAUGGGUUGCCCCACGAGAUUUCUUAUUGGGUUUCGCGAUCUUGCAGGCGUUCCCGGGUCCUAACUUCAACUUUGGCGUUUACCUCGGUGUCCUGGCCGUCCCAUCCAACCCAGUUCUCGGCGCAUUCCUCGGAUACCUCGGUAUCUUUGCCCCAGGGAUCAUCCUCAAACUUGCGAUCCUCCCCGUCUACGCCCGAAUCAACAAACACCCCAUCUUCCGCUCCAUCCUCCGCGGUGUCAACGCCGCCGCUGUAGGACUGCUCUGGACCGCAGUAUGGCGAUUAUGGCGGGUGGGAUGGUUGGUGGAUGCGCCGGGGGGUGUGGGGACUGUUGGGGUUAGUUUGGAUGGGGACGGGUGGUGGGGGGUUGUUGCUGCGGGGACGUUUGUGGGGUGUGAGUGGUUUAAGGUGCCGCCUGCUAUUGCGGUUGUGGGAGGGAGCGUGAUGGGGUUGGUUUGGUAUGGGGUUAGGGCGGCGUAG